AUGAAAUUUCACAAAAAAUAUGCAGUAUUUGGAGGGACUUUAUUUCUUACGGGGCCUAUAGCUAUGAUCAUGAUGAGUAUUCAUCAUCAGAAGAUCGUAGAUUUGCUUGCACCAACUGCGGAUAGAAUACAAAAAAUUAAUGGUGGAUUUUUAAUAUUUGCUAGUAUUUUGAUUUUAUGUUCAUUUCCUCCAAUGUUUGGACGAGAAAUUGCUGCAAUUUUAAUUGGAUUUGUAUAUGGAUAUAUUGGAUUUAUAAUUGUCUCAAUCUCUUUUAUUAUUGGUGAAACAUUAGUAUUUCUUUCUUUUCGUCAUUUUUGUCAUAAACAAGCCAUACAAUUUCGAAAUAACUACAAAAAUAGUUAUGGAAUUUUUGUUAGGAUUAUAGAAGAAAAACAGAUUACUAUGAUGUUCUUAAUAUCAUUAAGUGCUAUACCAUCUCAUUUUUCAACACCUCUUUUUGCAACUAUUGAUUCGAUAUCAUAUUAUUCUUGGUUAUUAGUCGCUAUACCAUGUUCUGUUAAGCAUGUUAUUCCUGUAUAUGUUGGUAUUUUAUUUAGACGCAACCAAACUUCUUUAGCUUCGACAGUUCUUUUAAUUUUUUCAAUUUUCAUUACUAUUAUUUUUUUCACUUUAAUAUGUUUAAGAUAUCAAGAAAUAAAAAAAAAUAUGAUUUUUCUUAAUUCAAUUUCUGAAGAACAAGAAUUAGGUCAGAAUAAAUAUUUUGAUAUUUCUAAUUCUUUUGAAUCUGCGAAUUCUGAUUUGGAAGACUUUUAA